AUGACGAAAAUAGCGCAACGCGGAAUCGUAUGUAUUGACGGGGAAUUUUUCUACCAUCAUGGGAAGCUCAAACGAGGUUCUGUUGAUUCGAGCAACGCGUAUCGUAUCUAUUCGUGCGUGAAGGAAGGAGGUGUCGAAGUCGGGGGAAAUCAAAUCCAGCAGUACUGCGAAAUGUUUGGACGUGACGAUGAGCUUUGGUUCUUCGGAUCCGGAAGCGGGGCAUACGGAGACCAGCCAGACGGCUUCAAAUUUCGCAAAAAGGAUGAUACCCGCAAUUUCCAUGCCAUCUCCAUUCACGAAACAAUGAAAAAGCUCAAACCAGACCUUCUUCAAAGUGCCCGGAACACUGAUGAACCUGACUUUGUCGAAGCAUGGUUUGUCGGUGCUCAUGUGGAUGUCGUUGGAGGUGCUACACGCGAGGGAAUCUCUCUAUCCGCUCCAGUGGAUUCUGAUCGAGGCAAGAGCUUCAUGUAUGAUAUCCGUGUAUCACACAGCGAGCACAAUCUCCAGGAAUCCAGAGUCGCACCGCCUAUAUCACGAACACUUCAACCUCGAAGACAGAACAGAGAUGAAGAGGAGUCGCGGACGUCGGAUAUUUCGGGGCACAAAGUCUUCUUGAAUAGAAGCAAUCUAUUCGAGAAAGAAGUAGGGAUCCAAGAUAAAUCAAGGACCCUGUUUAAGGAGCGAGAAAAAGUCUCGGAUGUUGAGCGUCUCGGCUUCUGUGGAACCGCUCACCGCGGCGUGAUUAUUCGUCCCUCUGUUUACUUUCUCUCUGAGGUUUAA